AUGCCUUGCCUGCUGCAAGAUUCAUUUUUCGGCAAGCUUUGCCACAUUAUAACCAACGGGUGCGUCUUUAGAUAUCAAGAGGAAAUAAAUCCAGAACUAUGGCGCCGUUAUGUCAACAAGAAGAAGUCUGUACAUGUGGCCCGUAAUGACUGUACAGGCUCGAGGGACAUCUCAGACGACGAGUUGAACGAAAGCUCGUACACAGAGAGUCCGCCCCGAGUCACCAAUAUUUCGUCUCGGUCGUGGGAAGACGGCAUACUAUCCCAGGGGAUGACCAGAGACGAAUUGGAUUCCGAAAAAGGGUUGAACGUCUUGAUAAAUCCGCAGAACUGGUCCUCGGGCAAAAAGGCGUUCGUUACAUUCCAGAUCUGCCUCCUGACCUUCGGCAUUUAUAUCGGAAGCUCCAUCUAUCCUGCUGGCCAAGAAGAUGUGAUGAAAGGAUUCCGUGUCAGCCAGGUCGUCGUCAUCUUAGGCCUGUCCCUGUUCGUGGCUGGCUACGGGAUUGGUCCAUUCAUAUGGUCACCCAUGAGUGAAAUACCCUUGAUCGGACGCAACCCCAUUUAUAUAUGCACAUUAGUCAUAUUCGUCGCACUCCAGGUGCCGACCCUGAUGGCCUCCAACCUGGGAGAGCUUCUUGCUUUCCGCUUCUUGACCGGGUUCUUCGGCUCGCCAGUAUUGGCUACGGGAGGCGCAUCCAUCGCCGACAUGUACAGUCCGGCCAAGAGGGCAUAUGCAAUGGGGAUCUGGGGAAUUAGUGCCGUGUGUGGACCAGUGCUAGGCCCACUCAUAGGAGGCUUUGCGGCUGAAGCCAACGGGUGGAAGUGGCCAAUUUGGGAGCUUAUGUGGCUGUUAGGCUUUGCGUUGCUGGUCUUAUUCUUUCUGUUGCCAGAAACGUCUGCGGCCAACAUUCUCUACCGCCGGACUAGAUGCCUUAAGAAAGUCACCGGCAACGAGAGUUUGCGAUGCGAUGCGGGCCUUGACACUCAGAAUUAA